AUUACACACCACCUCUUUUUCAAGGCUCUUGAUGAUGUUGAGAGGCUGGUGGUCAUGCGACUAUUGGAACUAACAAAGUUGCAGAUGAAUGGUCUUGGUUACAAACUUUGCACUCAAAUUUCCAAGGCCCUCAAAAGCUGUGCAACUGCUAUCCAAAAUGCCCUUCAAUGUUACAAUAAAUAUGCUGCCACAAUGAUGCCACCCCACCCUCCGCUUGAAUGGAAUCAAAUUGUCAAGUAUUCUUUUUUAGCGGAGUUUGACUUGCUACAUGAUAGUGAUGGGCAGAUUCAGACUAAACGGUGGGCAAACCCACUUUAUUGGCAAGCAUCAACACAAUACUUUGAUGGUGUGCAUGCCAAGGAGGAGGUGCAGAGGCUAAAUGUAGAAGUUGGUCAUCUGAUGAUGAAGAUUCAUGACAAUGCUAUCUACUAUCCCAAUGCAAUCACUGCCCUUUCCGCUGAAGACUCAUCACUUGCCUCCAAGCUGAGUCAGCAAUGGGAUCAGCUUCAGUCACUGAAC